GUACAGUGACGCAACGUGACGCACCGAGGUGCAGAGAGACGCGCAGAGGAGCCGCACUCACAUCCACUAUGGCGCUAUCGAAUGUCCUGGAGACUCCUGCAGCCGGGUUUAAUUUCGACAACACAGCGAGAAAUGCUGCAUUCGAGGGUCUUCUUGCAGGACAGUCACCUAAACCUCUGAAAACAGGGACCACCAUCGCAGGGGUGGUGUUCAAGGAUGGCGUGAUACUGGGAGCAGACACACGAGCGACCUCCAGUGAAGUGGUGGCCGACAAGAUGUGCGCAAAGAUCCACUACAUCGCCCCAAACAUAUAUUGUUGUGGAGCAGGUACAGCAGCAGAUACAGAGAAAACCACAGAGCUGGUCUCCUCCAACCUCACCAUCUUCUCGCUGAACAGUGGGAGGAACCCUCGUGUUGUCAUGGCCGUCAACAUACUGCAGGAUAUGUUGUACAGGUAUCACGGCCAAAUUGGUGCAAAUCUUAUACUGGGAGGAGUUGACUGCACAGGGAACCACCUGUACACAGUGGGACCAUAUGGGAGUGUGAAUAAGAUGCCUUACCUGGCAAUGGGAUCCGGUGAUCUGGCUGCUCUCGGGAUUUUAGAGGAUCAGUUCAAACCUGAUCUGGAGCUGGAGGAGGCCAAGGAGCUGGUGCGUCUCGCCAUCACCGCGGGCAUCAUGAACGACCUCGGCUCAGGCAACAACAUCGACAUCUGCGUCAUCACCAAAGAAGGAGUGGACUACAUCAGACCAUACCAGGAGUCACAGUACAAAGACAACAGGAAAAUUAAAUACAGGUACCGUCACGGCACAACAGCGGUUCUGACGGAGAAAGUCGUCCCCUUAAAGCUGGAGGUUGUACAGGAGUCGGUGCAGCAGAUGGAAACAGCCUGACCCAGGAUCACUUUUACACCACAACAUCUUUCAUAUUGUUAUUUGUCAGAUAUCAAAUUAAAGCAGUAAAAAAUCUCAGAUGUUUGAUAAACGUCCCCGUGUCUUCUGCUCUGCGGCUGUACUUCACUGACAUGGAACAGAAACUCUAAUACUUCAGCAGUUACAGCAGCACUACAGCAAGAAGGGCGGCCAAGAUUCAAACACGUUUUUACAAUAAAGAAUCAUAAUAAUACAAAUAAAUAAAUAAAUAAAACCCA